AUGGCCUCCAGUGCCAGCGCCAGCGCUGUUCCAACAGGCCGCCUGUAUGAGCCGUUGGCACCGCCCUUUCGUCCAACAUCCGACACCAAUAGAGGAGCAUACGCCCUCCUCACGGCGGUCAUCUUGGUUACCAUCACGGGGUUGAUAUGUUCCGUCAAGCUGCAAAUGACAAUGGUCACUUAUCGAAAGUUCCGCACCGAUGACAUUGCCUUGAUGGCCAGUCUUGUGUUGACCAUUGGAUACACGAUCGCGAUAUGCCUAGCAGUCGACAGUGGCCUAGGGAGAAUAGCUCAAGAUUUGUCAAGCAGUCAAGUUCGUCUGCUGAGUCAAAGAUACUACGCCUCCAACAUCCUGUUAUACCUCUCGUUGGCAUCCUCCAAAAUCUCCGUGGCCCUCCUCGUCCUCGCCAUCAAGCCGUCGCGAUGGAUAGUCAUUGCCCUCCAUGGUUUGAUUGCUGUGUCAGCGACAUGGGGUGUUGGUGCUGUCUUGACCGUUGCCCUUCAAUGCGGGCCGACGAGGUGGGUGAUGGGACCGAUGGGCGACAACACAUGUAUCGAUCAGUACAGUGGACUCAUCGGCUUGAGGAUCAUUGAUAUCAUGACGGACCUAGCACUUUCCAUCCUCCCGGCGGCAAUGGUAUGGGACAUUCAGAUGCCGUUGCCCAAGCGACUGGUGGUUGCCUUCAUGUUCGGUCUCCGGCUUGUCACACCAAUCCUCACGGCCGUUGCACUCGCGUCAUACCGUGCCUUUUACUCGGCACCUACCGCCGAGCGCCCGUUCGUGGUCGUGAAACCCUCAAUCUGGACCUCUGUAGUAAUUAAUAUGUCCGUCAUCACGGCCUGCCUCCCAUCAAUCAAACGUUGGCUCACCGACUGGGCCGCCGGCGUCGCAAACGCUGGCAUCAUGGAGCCCUACGAGCUCCAACACUCCUCUGGCCACGCCGCUUCCCGGUCAGGGCGGACCUCCGGGCUACGCAGCUUUGGGCAAUCGCAACACCGCUCGCAUACCACGUCUGCGCAAGGAAAAACAGCACAGAUGGACACUGGAUAUGGGCGGCGGAUCGAGCAGGAGCGGGUUGUGGACGAUGGAGAUAGCAAAAAGGGGUUGACGGAUGGCAUAUUACAGACAGUGGAUUAUCAUGUGGAGUAUGAGCAUGAUUGGGACGAACAAAGGGAUGCACAGACGGAUGGACGGAGGAGAACGUGA